CAGCUGCUAGGAAGGGGACGGCAUUACGAUAGCUGCAGUCAUUGUGCCCUCAACAUAAUCGCCACUAUAAUGGGCUAGGGCCAGGAAACAUAAUAACAUGGCUGAAGACGAUGGUUAUCAGCCCCCCUAUGAGCCGCAGCUCACGCCUGUCGGGGAGAAGUCCCUGCCGGCAAAAUGCAAGGCCGGCGCGUUGGCAUACUGCCCUACGAUGGACCUCAUUGCUCUAGUCACAGAGGAUGACGAGCUACGCGUCUUCCGACUCAACGGACAAAAGGUCUUUGGAGGCUCUUACAAGGGCGAUCCAUAUCUUGAUGAGGAUGAUGGUGGAGGAGAGAUUCGCGGGUUGAUGUGGAAAAAUACAGGUCAUUUACUCGCAGUCGCGUGUGCGGAUAAUACCGUCCGUAUCAUCAGUGCCUACAGUGGCAAAACAGUCCACCAUUAUCCCGCGUAUCCCCAUGCCGAGGGCGACGCGGCUCGACAAGCGGUCAAGGCUACGUGUAUAGGCUGGGGCGUAAACUUCACCGACACGAAAGUCGCCCAGCGACAUUUGCACGACGCCGCUGGCCAGCUCACCGUGGAAGAUCUGCUGUCGCCUGAUACCCAUCCGUCCCGGGCAGCAGCGCUGCUCAAAGCCGACCUGCCACGAGAACUGGCAUUGCUGGAUGUCGAGAGUUCUUUGCCGAAAUUGAGUACUUUGCCUGCGACGGGGAGUGACGAUGAUGUGUUCAGCUCCAGAGCAUCUAUCGAUGCGAUCUUCCAUUCAUCGACUAAGAAUACCAGCGAUGCUGUUGAUGUGCUGCUUGUCGGGUUUGAUGACGGCACAGUGCAUCUGCGUAUCUUCGACUGCUUCGAAAUCGGUUCUUUCCAGGUGCAAGGCUCUGUUGCGCGUCACAGCCCUGGUCACAUUAUCCGACAUGCCUCCCAUCCGCUGAGCUCGACGCAUGCACUCUUGGCCGGGGCACCGGAUGGUGCUCCGGAACCGUUACGCUUAGUUACGCUCGAUCUGCGCUUCAUUACCAGGUCGGGGAGAUAUCUCUCGCUGCUAGCACACAAGACGACGCAGCUGCAGAAUCUUCUGCGGUAUAUCGGCCAGGUCCAGAGACAGAUUGAGCUUGAAUGGAAGAAUGCACAGGAGUUGCCGGCGCGUUACAUGCGCAGCAUUGACCAGGAUCUACAAGAAAAAUGUCAUUGCGAUUUCGUCACGGCGGCAUAUCACUUGGUGGUGACGGGGAACUGUUUUGAACCCUUGAAGGAGUUCCUUGUUGAGAUUGUUGGUGAACGGGGACACAAACGGUGGGAGAAGGCUGUGUCGUCUGGCUACGAGAAUGUCCGGCGAUUGACCCACGAGUGCCUCCUUCCAGCCUUGGAAAGAUGUCAAGUGCUGCUCAGUCGCUUGGUUGGGCUGUCUAAGUUCCACAAGCUGAGUGAGGUGCUGGGGCUAGAAACUACGGAUCUCAACGCCAUCGUGGAGAUGCUCGAUUGUCUCCAUCUUCUUGGCCAUCAUAUCCUCAUCAAUGCAAAUGAGGAGCUAACCCAGUUCAAUGCUUUCUCCCGGUGGCUGCGCCAUGAGAUUGACAUGCAAUCUGCGGAACCAAUGUCGCAGACUUUGGAAGAGCUGAUGGAGAAGACGGACAUGGUGGAAUACCCGCAGACUCUUAAGUACAUCAGAGGCGCUCUAACCAAGAGUGCGCUACGGAACUUCAUCCGGCAGCUACCUAUGAUGGGAGUUCCAAGACCCCCAGUUCCUUCGGAUGCUUCGGAAAAAUGGGCGCAGGUAGGGCAAGGGCGCUCAUUCUAUGAUACCUUCAAAUCAUUGCUGGGGCAGCAGAGCCAUGCCUCGAGCGAAGCUGAUGCAGUGGCACCCCCUAAGAUGAAUGACUUGACGAAGCUUUUAGGGCUGCAAUUUGACAAAGUAUUCGGACAGAUUGCUUUGACGCAGCGCAGAGGUAUCCUGCACAGGUCACCUCUAACCCUUCACCCAGACUGUGACCGAGAUGUCAUUGACGUGACUAUGCGCCACGAGGCAACCAACAAGGACGAAGACAGUUGUGUGAUCUAUGUUGCUACCAGAUCGGUCAAGGCCAGGCACCUCCUCUGCUGCUACCGCGUAGUUCUAGAUUCCGAAAAUGGAGUGAGCUCGACGCAGAGCAUCUCCACCGCGGUUGUCGAUCUCCAGGGCGGGGAGAUUCGACAGCUACAGUUUGUGGAGGAUGAUACCAUGGUGAUUUUGUGGUCGAGUGAGAAGGGAACAUCGUAUCUACUCAACCUUCCCUUUCAGCCUGCCGCGGCUUUGGGAGCUGAUGAAGAGGUUUUGGACCCCGUCUUCUCCAUCGAGUACCGCGACGUACUCGAUAACGAGCGAACAGGUGCACCGCUAAGCACUACGAUGAACGUGGACGUUCUUGCGCCCAGCUCCCAGGAUUUGGGAAUCAUCAAACACAGCUUCAUUGGGGCCAAGGGCAAAGCUCGACCCGUGGGAAUUGAUGUCAAUGGCCGCCGUGGUCGCCGGGCAAUUUGUGUCAUGUACGGUGACGGGAUGCGAUACGAGGUAUUAGACCUGGAUGCAGAAAUGGGGAAUGAUGAGGACGAAGACGAGGACGGGGAUGAGGAAUCGGACGAGGAGAUCAUUGAAUAGCAUAUUUUAGUGUAUUAGGGAGAUCUCGGUGAACAAUGCCUUUGCAUGCGACAG